AUGAUUCUGAGGAAAAUGGUUUUGGCCAGUUCACUUCGCUGUUUUGGUAUGUUUCCAUCAGAGAUUGCUUGCUUCAGGCGUGAAUUUCUUCAACCCAUUUCUAGGUGUUUAGGUCAACGGCAUAUAUAUAGAAGACAUUCGCAUUUGCUGUUGUCUUCGUUAAAUGAUUCACUGUUUAAAUUCGAGCAGCGCAAGUGGCUGGUAGAAGGAACAGAAUAUAGCAUCCAAAAAGAUCAAGAAAAGACUGAAUGUAUUGAAAUGAAAUACAGAAUGGACUUAGAAAUUGCACAAACAACUCCGAAAGUAAUGCCUGAAGAAUCAGUUUCUGGUUUGGAAAUAGUAGAAUUGGUUACGGCCGAACUGCGAAGAAAUGGAAAGUUCUUUAUACUUCCUAUGAAUGAUGUAACUGCUAUGAAAGCCCUCACAAAAGCUUUCAGACUUCUUGUCGAUAUCGGGAUUCAACGGGAGUUCAUUAUUGAUUCCUGCGUUUCUGUGCCUCAGUUGUUUGUAUCACUAACUCAAAAAGGCGAAACAAGCAUUCAGAUAAUAGAACUUAUUGUGGAUUUCUGCCGGCUUACUUACGAAGAUUCCAUUCGCAUUUUCGCAACAUAUAAUGAAGAGCUGCUAUCAGCAGGACCUGAAGAAAUUCAAAAAUGCAUGGAUGUACUUGAUUCAUAUGGAUUUCAAGAUGAAGAAUUAGGAAAAGCGAUUUGUUCCUGUCCUGCAUUACUUUUUGCCCAUAAAUCCAACAGACUAGCCCAGAACGCUGAGAAUUUAUUUUCUCAUUUCAGUAAAAAUCAGUUUUAUUCGUUGUUAAAGUCUUGUCCAGAGAUCUUGCUGGGCAGUACUGACGAGACGGAGGAUAAAAUUGAAUAUAUUUAUUGCCAUAUGCUCAUGGAAGGCGAAGAUUUUUCAAGCUGCUCGAAUCUCGCACAAAUAUCACUGGAGGAAUUAAUAGAUCGACAUGAAUUCUUGCUAAAAACAGGCACUUAUAAAACUCCAGAUCUAAAAAGACCACAGUUAAAAAUGAAAAAUCCGAAACUAAAAAAGAUUGUGAAUAGUGGUGCGGAACAAUUUGCAAAAAAAGUAGGUUUUGUGUCCCUAGAGGAAUGGCACCUAUUCAGGGAGUUACAAAACAAACGACGGGUGUUAGAAUCUGAGGGAAAGAUGCAUCCGUUUGAACGGAUCAAGCCAUCAAUGAGGAAACAAUCAGAACGCAAGAAGAAAUCAGCGCUACCAAAUGAUUCUGGAACGUUUGAUUUAUAUAAUGAAAGGUAUUAA